AUGAGUUGGAAAAAAACAAGUACAAAUAAUGAAAAACCAUUAUUACCACCAAUACCAACAUUAUUUAAAGAUUUAACAUUCUAUAUAUUAGGAUUAUCAUUUAGUGAAACUACAUUAUUAAAAUCAACAAUUAAAAGUUAUGGUGGUGAUGUUGCAUUUCAAUUAAAUAAGAAUGUUAAAUUCCUUUUAACAACUAAAGAACAAUUUGAAAAGAAUUGUACAAAGAUUCAAACAGCAAUGAAAUUAGCAACAACCGAGAUUUUAUCAAAUGAUUUCGUUGAACAUUGUAUAACAAAAAGAUAUUAUUCAAUUGAUUUAAUUAAUGAUUUUAAAUUGGUUAAUAAAGAAUUACUAAUAAAUGAAAAACAACAAAAUGAUAAUAAAACUUCAUCAUUUGAAUCUACUUCAAAUGAUUCAUUAGAAUUAAUAUUAUCAAAAUUAAAAUUAGAAAUUAAACAAUCAACAGAACAACAACAAUCUACUCAACAACAACCUAAACAACAACAACAACAACAACAAUUUAAUCAAUUAGAAUUAAUAAAAAAUGAAAAGAAAUCAAUUAAAUUAUUUAUAUCAUCAACAUUUUUAGAUAUGGAGAAUGAAAGAGAAGCAAUUGUAAAAUAUUUAAUACCAGAGAUUAGAGAUUAUUGUAAUGAAAGAAAUAUUGAUUUUAGUUUUGUUGAUAUGAGAUGGGGUAUAACAGAGAGUAAAGAUAUUUUAAAGAAAUCAACUAUUGCCACUUGUUUACAAGAAGUAUCAACUUGUAGUUAUUUCAUCUCUUUAUUGGGUGAUAGAUAUGGUUGGUCAUCUGGUGAUGAAUAUACUGAAUCAUUUAAUUUAGCUAAAAUCUAUUAUCCAUGGAUUGAUUCUCAUAUUGGUAAAUCAAUUACUGAAUUAGAAAUUUUACAAGCAACAACUGUAACACCAAAGUUUAAUUUAUUUUAUUUUAAAAAUUCAUCAACUUCAACUUCAAUCUCAACCUCAACUUCAACAAAAAUUGAAGAAUUAAUUGAAUCUGAAGAAUCAAUUAAAAAAUUAAAAGAAUUAAAAAAUCAAAUUUUAAAUGAAAAACAAAAUAAAAUUUCAAACUUUUCAAAAGUUGAAAAUUUAAUAACAUCAAUUUAUAAAGAUUUAAUUGAAAGAAUUAAUAGGGAAUUAUUAAUGUCAACAAAUGGUAUUUCAAAUAAUAAUAAUAAUAAUAACUAUAGAGUUAAUGAUGAUGAUCAAAAUUUAGAAGUUAAUAAAAAUUCAUCAUAUUUAAAAUCAUUAUUAAAACAAGAAUUUAUAAAGAAUUAUUCAUUUGAUAAAUUGAAUCAAUUUGUAUUUGGCAAUGGUAUUAAUAUUGAAAAUUCAAUUCAACCAGAACCAAAGCCAUUUUUAAUUACAUCAUCAAUUGGUGGUGGUAAAUCAACAGUGUUAUCAAAUUGGGUUAAACAAUUAUCAAAUAGUAAUGAAAUCGAUUCAAAGAAAACAUUGGUAGUUUGUUUUUUCAUUGGUAUUACAGCAAAUAAUAAAAAUAGAAUUGAAUUACUUCGUCAACUAUUUUCAAUCAUUAAAUUACAAUACCAAGUUUCAAUACCACUAAGUGAGGAUCCAUCAUCAUUGAAAGAGGAGAUCAACUAUUGGUAUGGUAUCGCAACUAAAGAUGGUAGAAAUUUAAUUAUAAUUUACGAUUCAAUCGAUACCAUUGAAAAGGGUGCCAAUGAAACCCUAUCAGAGGCAUUACUAGAUUUAAUACCAUCACGUUAUCCAGAGAAUGUGAAAAUUGUUUGCUCAUGUUAUACUGAUAAUUAUGAAGAGCUAGUCCAACAUUUCCAAUUGGAUAAAAAUCAACAUACAUCAGUUUUAACCGGAUUCACAGAUCAACAACAAAUAUUAGACUUUUCAAAAUCUUAUUUAUCAAACUUUAAAAAGGAAUUAACACCAGUUCAAAUUGAAAUUUUAAAGAAAUUUUUAGAACCAUGUUCAUCACCAUUGUUUUUAUCAAGUAUACUUGGUGAAUUGAUUACUAUUGGUAAUUAUAAAACUUUGAAUGAAAAGUUAAUAAUGUUAUUAUCAAGCCAAUCAAUUUUCAAUUUCUAUUUAGUUCAACUAUCAAGAUGGGAAUCUGAUACUUCUUUUCCAAAUAAUUUAGUAACUGAUAUCAUUCAAUUGAUUUAUUUAUCUGGUAAUGGUCUUUAUGAAGAUGAAAUUUUAUCAAUAUUAAAUUUAAAAUCAAGUUAUGGUUUCUUUUCACAAUGUCGUAAUCUUUUCACUGUAUUUGGUGGUGGUUCAAAUUAUUUCACAAUUUUAUCACCAUAUUUAAAAUUAGCAAUUGGUUUAAAAUAUUUUGGUAAUAAAAAAGAUGGUCAAUUAUUACCAAUUGAAUCAAAAUUAUUAUCAAAUCUAAUUGAUUAUUUUGAAAAUCAAAAAAUUAAUAAUACAAAUUCAUCAUCAUCAUCAUUAUCAUCAUCAUCAAUAAAUAGUUUAAAAAGAAAAAUUGAUUAUUUACCUAAAAUUUUAAUUUCAAUUGGUGAUAAAUCAAAACUUCAAGAGUUUUUAUUAAAUCUUGAAAAUAUUAAUCAAUUAUCAAAAUCAGAGAUUGGUAAAUCACAAAUUCAUCAAUAUUGGAAUUUCAUUGGUAUAAAUAAUGAAAACUUUAAAGAGAUAAUUAAUCUUUAUAAAUUUAAAUGGGCACAAUAUUGUAAUGGUAAUCCACCAUUGGAAGAGUUAUCAACCACUACCUUUAAUAUUGGUUCUCUAUUUGAACAUUUGUCAAUGUAUGAUGAAGCAUAUACAUUCAUUGAGAAAUCACAAGAUUAUCAUAUUCAAUUAUAUGGUGAUUGUCAUUCAAGUGUUGCUAAUGAUAUUAAACGUUUAGUUUCUAUUAAUAUUAAACGUUCAAAAUUAGAUCAAGCAGGUUAUCAAUCUGAAAAAUUAUUAUCAAUAACUGAACAAUUAUUUGGUAAAGAACAUUUGGGUACAAUUGAAUCAUUAUUAUUAAAUGGUUUAACUUUUAAAAAACAAACUCAAUAUUCAAAAUCUUUAGAAUUUUAUAAAUCUUGUUUAAAAAUUUUUUAUAGAUUCCUUGAUUUAAAUUCACCAAUUUAUUUUAAUAUUAAAUUGGGUGAAAUUUUUCAAUCAAUUGCUGAUAUUUUUAGAAAAUUAGGUAAAUUUGAUAUUGCAUUAAAUUAUUAUAAUAAGACAUUAACAAUUUAUAAAAAUCUUAAAAAAGAAAAUCAUCAUUGUUUCUCUGAACUCUAUAAGAAUUUGGGUUUAGUUUCAAAAAAACUUGGAGAUUAUCAAAUUGCAAUCGAUUAUUAUCAAAAGAGUUUAUCAAUUGUUCAAGAUAAUUUUGGUAAAGAUCAUGUGGAGUAUGGUUUUAUUCUUUGUGAUUUAGCUGAUACAAAAAGAAAACAAGAACAAUAUAUUGAAGCAGAGACUCUUUAUAAUCAAUCAUUAGAUAUUUUAAAAAGAAAAUUAAAUCAAGAUACAUCAAUUGAAAUUGCAGAGAUUUAUAAUGAUUUAGGUUUAAUUAGAAAGAAACAAAGUAAUUAUAAAGAAGCAAUUUCAUUCUAUAAACAAUCGAUUACAAUCGCUCAAAAAUCAUUAGGUAAAUCACAUUUAAAAAUUUCAUUUUUCAAUUUAAAUCUUGCAGAUUGUUAUAGAAAAAUUGGUGAUUAUAAAACUAGUGAACAAUUUUAUUCAAAAUGUUUAUUAAUCACUCAGGAUAAUCUUGGUUAUGAUCAUAUUGAAGUUGCAGAGAUUUUAAAUUCAAUAGGUUUGGUUUAUAAGAAACAAGGUAAAUAUCAACAAGCUGAAAAUCAAUAUAAACGUGCAAUCAUUAUCGUUAAUAAAUCAUUGGGUUCUGAUAAUUAUAAAAAUGGUAUCUAUAUGAAUAAUCUCGCUGAUAUCUAUAGAAAAUUGGGUUCCUAUGAAAUGGCUAAAACUUAUUAUAAUAAAGCUUUACUUAACAUUGAAAAAGCAUUGGGUAAAGAACAUUCUGAAUAUGCUGAAAUACUCUAUUGUAUGGGUUUAUUGAAAUUAUCAUUGGAAGAAUAUCAAGAAUCAAUUAAAUUAAUUAAUCAAGCAAUUGCAAUUGUUUCAAAUCAUUUCUCAUCUCAACAUGUUAAAAUUGGUAUCUUUAAAAAUUCUUUAGCUGAAGUAUUAAUCACUCAAGCUAAAUCUUUACCAAAUCCACGUGAAUUUGCAAGUAAUCUUCAAGAGAUUGAUAAUAUUAGAUCAUUAUUCAAUAGUUCUUUAUCAAUUUUAAAAACUGAAUUUGGUACUGAUCAACAUCCAGAAAUAGCUGAUAUCUUUAUUAAUAUGGCUGAAUUCGAAUUUCAAUUUGGUAGUCAUUCAAAAUCUUUAGAUCAUUUUAAAAAAGCUUUAGAAAUUAUUUCAAUAGUUUUUGAUGAAAAUCAUUCAAAAUAUCAAUUAAUUUCUGAUAGAAUUAGAUAUUUUUAA